AUGGCCUAUUUUCGGGAAUAUUUGGACGCGCUGGCCAGUGUUCUGAAUACCUAUGCUGGAAGAGACAAAGCGCUAAGGUCGGUCAGUUUUAUGCUUGCUUUGAAAGCUCAGUCAUCCACUCGGAAAGAGGUGGUGUUAGCACUGGCCAAGCAGUGCUCAUCCGCACGCCUUGUAUUGAGGCAAUUCAAUCAUCCUUCGAUGAUCAAGUGUUGUUGGGAUCUUCUCUCGACACAGCCAGCGGAUGAUUUGGAGUAUUUCUGUGCAACAGCGGGGACCAGCGCAUAUACGAUCUACGGUGUUGUGGAGCUUUUGGCCUGGCUUUCUGACGCACAUAUUCUAGCAUUGGAUUCAGCACGACUCUGGAGGUGGUGUUUGUACCUUUGGAUCACUGCGCUGUUAUCUGGAAUCAUACGCCAAAUGCGUCUUAUUUCAAAGAAAGGUCUGGAGAUAGAUAAAGAGUUAUUAACAUUGAUUGGCCUUGUUAGUGACUUCAUAGUGGCUGUACAUUCUCUUCCUCAUAAGGUUUUGUGGUCUGGUAAGCUUUCCCCUAGGCAUAGUGCAACGUUCUCGCUCGUUGCUUCUCUUAUUGGAUUGUAUAAAACUUUUUAA